UGUUGCUACCUGUGUCACACACGCCUGCUGGGACGUCCCGACCAGUAGCGUCACCAUCGGAUAUGGAUACACACACAGCAAGGUGAGAGAUACUGUUCACCUAAAAAGAACUAGAAGGAAAAAAUACAGAUAGAAUAAUGGACCAAAACACAGAAAAACAACGCUGUGAAACCUUAGCAGGCACCUAUAAUGAAUUUAUUGGAGAACACCUGACAGCUAUGAAAAAAAGCUGUGAAGAGUACAUAGGCUGCAUUAAUAACUUACUUGAAACUGAAAACCCUUUAGUGGUUCUCAAAGGUGGAAAUAUCAGCCUCAACCGGACGUGUGGUCUUAUUUCCCCCAACGAAAAUGGAAAUUACACCACACUGCGAGGAAAAUGUUCAUUAACAGAGAGGGAGCAGAUCCGUUCUUAUACUGACACAGUUUUAACACAAACUUACAAUGAUGAUAGAGCUUGGAAAAAUGUGCGAACUUGUAUAAAUAAUAACUAUGGCAGUUUAGAGAGAACAACAGUGUUGGAUGACAUUUGUAGGUUAGCGCGGCAACAGAAAGAAAUUUGUAAAGCUGUUGGACCCAAUGUGCACAACAGGGUAGAGGACUUUUUAAACAAACAAAUCCAAAACCUGCAAUGUACUUGUAGAAAGUUAGAAGAUAAAGGUCCAGGUGAUCACGACCAUGUUUCUCUACCCAUGCUGAUUGGAGUUGGGGUGGGAGUUUUCCUUCUACUUGUCCUAGUCAUUGUGCUGAUUUUAGUUGUCUACAGAUGUAGAAAAUCCAGGAAGAAGAAGAGGUCCCAGAAUGUAAUCUACCUGCCAGCCCCAAAUUCUGAGACGCCAGUAUAUCAGGAAGUUUUUGAUGAAAAGGGCUUCCAACGAUAUGGUCACUCUGUUUCCAACAACCCACCUAGCUUGCCUAACAGAUACAAUCAGGAUGAACCAGCAUAUCUAGAGCCAGUUGUAGCGGGUUCGGGUUAUAAAUAUAGACCCAAGCCAGCGAUACCCAACCCAGGCUACGAGUACCCACCUAGAUACAGCCAGUAUGAAAAAGAAAUAGCUGAUGGAGAAAAUGCAUAUUUUGAUCCUCUGCCCAGUCCAUCAGCGGAGGGCGGGUAUGAGAAAAUAGCUGAAGCUCGCUCCAGCCUCCCACUGGAUGAGCCGCCAGUGCCACAAGAGAUCGCCUUGAAACCUGUACCAGCAAAGCGAGUUGGAUCAGAUAAAAAAACUGAGUCACCGUAUUAUGUGUUAGAAGAUGGUGCAAAUGUUGAUACAAGAAAUACUGUCUAAAUUUUUUACUUUUUUAAUUUAAGGAAAAAUAAAGCGAAAAUCUUUUUUUUGUAAAAACUAAUUAAACUAAAUUUAACUGAUUACAUAAUAUGGUAUUUUAUUAUUUUUCCAAGCAUAAAAAAACAGCAAUUAUUUUGUUUAAUAGUAUUUGCUAUAUAAAUCUUAGUUUUUUAACAACUUGAGAAAACUUUUGAUUCUCUUGCUAAACAAUUUCAUCAUCAGAGGAUACCUUAAAGAAACAAUUGGCCAUGCUUAGGCCUUGCAUUUAUGCUCAUCUUGUAUGAGCAUAUGAUUUUGUACUCUUGUAGAAAGAUUAAGUAUGUUUCCUUUAAAGCAUGCAUAAUCUUUUACAUGGGUGUGACUAUUAUUCAGGAAUGGUUAGCAAAGACUAUGUAUGAGAAUGAUAAUUGACACAGUUAACAUUACUCACGCCUUUAACAAGAAUUUUUUUUUAAAAUUUGAAUAUCAUUACUUAUGGCUUUAUCACAACUCAUGCUUUUAUCACAACUUUUUAUCAGAUACCAUUACUCCUUUUAUCUGAAAUCAUAACUAAUGUCUCCAUAAAAAUCAUGCCUUUAUCAUAACUCAUGCAUUUUUAUCAUAUCUCUCUCAGCUGCAUGUAACAAAAAUGAAUGCAUGGUGUAUUUGUUGAGUGUAAAUGAUGUAAAUAUGAAUUAUUUUUAGAAAUUCUCUAUGACUGUAGAUAAGGUUUGUUAAAGGUUUGUUACAAUGUUGAAGAUAUUUGGUGCAGAACAAAACUAGAUAAAUCUUUACUGCUGUUGAACUUAUAAAAAAAAAAAAAAACACAUAAAAAAUUGGUACUUGCA